AUGGAUCUGGGCCCUUUAAAUUUCUUCCCUGCAAGCCAGCUCAGCCUGGUCAGUAGAGGGCGCUGGGGGGCCCAUGCGGCCGCACAGGGCCCUGCUUCCUGAUUCUGGGUGCUCCCGGGCUUCUGCCUCCCCAGCUCCUGGCUCCUGCAGUGCACGGCCCGCGGCGACCCCGGCACCGCUUUGGAGGCAGUUUUGGCAGUUUUGACGUGGGGUGUGUCACCAGCGGCGGCUUUUGUGGUAUCCUCCAGGGCAGAUUUCUGUCAAGUCCGACGAUCCCUGCCUUCGCCAUGGCCGCGAGAACCAUUAUCAUCGACCACGGGUCUGGCUUUCUGAAGGCUGGCUUGUCUGGGUGGAACGAGCCCCAGAUGGUCUUCCCGAGCAUCGUGAACUACAUCCCGUGCAGGGAGAACCCCGGCCCCAGCUAUGCCCGAAGGCGCGUGAGUCUGGGCAUCGACAUUUGCCACCCUGAUACCUUCAGCUACCCCAUCCAGCGUGGCCGCGUCCUCAACUGGGAAGGCGUGGAGCACAUCUGGUCAUUUGUCCUGGAGAAACACAGGCGGGAGCAUGAGGGCUCCCCCGUGAUGGUCACAGAGUGCCCUCUGAGGGAGCCUGCGGACCGACAGAAGACCCUGGAGAUUAUGUUUGAGUUACUGGAUGUGCCGUCCGUACUCCUGGCCGACCAGCUGGAGAUGUCCCUGUACGCCUCGGGCCUCCUGACCGGCGUGGUGGUCGAUUCUGGCUACGGCCUGACCCGCGUGCAGCCCUUCCAUCUGGGCCGCCCCUUACAGCCCGGCGGCAAGACGCUGGAGUUCGCGGGCCAGGAUCUGGCGGCCUAUCUCUUCAAGAGCCUCUUUAAGGAGGAUUGCAAUCGCCACAACCUGUUUCAGCUGGAAACGGUGGCCACCACACAGAUGAGCAAGUGCUAUGUGCCGCAGAACCUGGGGGAGGCGCUCGACUUCCGCCAGAGCCUGCCGAGCGGCUCGGACGACAGCAACGCCUACCAGCUCCCCGACGGCACCCGCGUGGAGCUGACCCCCAUGCAGCGGCUGGCCCCCGAGAUGUUCUUCAGCCCCCAGGUGUUCGACCUGCAAGGGCCCGGCAUCUCCCAGGCCGUGGUGGAUGCCAUCCUGGCCUGCGAGGCCUCCAUGCACCCGCUGCUCACCUCCCACGUGAUGGCCUGCGGGGGCAACACCCUGUACCCCGGCUUCACCAAGCGCCUUUACAAGGAGCUGAUGACAGAUCAUUUCUCCUCCUCCAAGGCCACCAUGUGGGUGGGUUCCAACAGAAACUUCAGCGUCUGGCUGGGAGCGUCCGUGGUGGCCCAUCUGUCUACCUACAGGUCCGAGUGGAUGACCAAGGAGGAGUAUGAGGAGGGUCUCAGGCUGUGACCUGUGGGCCCCUGGGUCCCGCCCCGCCAUGGUACUAGGGUUUUAUCUUGUUUCAAGAGUGAGAUCCAGCCCAUAGGAGGACAGGGGGUCGACCCUGGAAGCCUUCCGGAGGCGGUGUCUCCAGGGGGUGGUCUGUCAUUUGGAGGCGAGUGAUCGCUUACCGUCUCCGUUGUAGCCACUUAAUUUUUCGCCGGCAACUCCCUUGGGCUGUCCUGCUCUCAGUUCAGUAGGUUUUAACUGGGGCGAGCGAGAUGGGACCUUGUGCUGGGGUCCCAGAUGGGGUGGGAUGGGAGAGGUGAAGUUUCUAGUCUUAUUCUUUCUGGCCAGGGAGAAAUUGCUACAGGUGAGCCAAAGGGCCCUCCCUCCAUGGCCAGGGUUUUGUUUUAUAUGCAAAUAAACUUCUUUGGAACCAGA